GCAAACCAGUUUCAAGAAGGACAUCAACAAGAGACAUCGUUAAGAUGUAUCUACAGAGGAAAGAUGCCAUGAAGAAAUGGUUCAAAGAAAAUAAGCAAAGGGUUUCACUAACUACAUACAUAUGGGUGGCUCAAGUAACUCGUGCAAGCUACAUGGUUGUGACUGCCCAUUACAUUGAUUCGUGUUGGAGAUUGAAGAAGCUUAUCAUUGGGUUCAAACACGUCACUGAUCACAAAGGAUCAACCAUUUCGAAGGUUUUGUUGGAUUGCUUAGCUGACUGGGGGAUACAGAAGGUGUUCUGUGUGACAUUCGACAAUGCAACGGCGAAUUCAUCAGCUUUACGAAAAUUUCAGAGUGAGUUCUCACUAGUGUCUGAAGAAGCUCUGGUUCUAGAUGGUGAAAUGAUGCAUAUGAGAUGUUGUGCGCAUAUCAUCAACCUCAUCGUCAAGGAUGGAAUGGCAGACGCAGAUGAGAGUGUCAAAGCUGUCCGUAAUGCUGUGGUCUACGUUAGAGCAUCAGGAAACAGACUGUCAUCAUUUGAGCAGAAAGUCGAUGCUGGUAAACUGACGAGGGGAAGCUUGCCGUUGGAUGUGAGUACUAGGUGGAACUCCACGUAUCUGAUGUUGAUCACAGCAAUGAAGUACAGAGUGGCUUUUGACAAGAUGGAGGCAGAGGAUAAGCUGUACAACGAUUACUUCAUGGAGAUCGAAGGUCCUCUGUUCUCAGAUUGGAAAGCAAUAGAGAGGUUAGGCCGGUUCCUAGUCAUCCUCUACAACUCUACUCUAGUUAUUUCUGCCUCGACCUCAGUCAAUGCAUACAAGUGCUACGGGGAAAUUGUAACCAUAACGGCUAACCUCAUGGAUUUGAUGAAGAGUACAGAUCAUCAGAUUAAGGUGAAGGCGGAGGAGAUGUAUGAGAAGUUCGACAAAUACUGGGAUGGGAUGAAAACAUCAAUAAGAUGUUGAUUGUGGCCACUGUUCUUGAUCCCAUGAAGAAGAUGGAUCUCGCAAGCAUGUGUUUCGAAGAGCUUUAUGGGGAGGACAGCUUGGAAGGUAAAGAAAUAUAUGACUCUGUUAUCAGUGUAUUGCGCAGCAUGUUCAAGGAGUACAGUGACAGAUAUGGCAAGAGUCAAGAAGAGCAAUCUGAUCACUCUAAAAAGUCCAAGGCUCAAGCAUCUCGGUCUGCUGAAAAGGAGUCAUCGCUUACUUUGGAAGAGCUUGAAGAUGGUUUCACUGGCUAUAAGAGGAUUGACCAAAGGUACAAGCAGAAGUUGAAUGAAGGGGUGAAGGACAAGCGUGAUGAGCUUGAUAUUUACUUGAAAGAAGCAGUUGAGAAUCCAGAGUUGAUGGUUGGUGUAGAGGAUGAUGUUCUAUCAUAUUGGAAGAGAAACUCUGCCAAGUAUCCGAUUCUUUCACUGAUAGCAAAAGAUGUCUUCGCCAUGCAAGUCUCCUCUGUAGCAUCCGAGAGUGCUUUCAGCACUGGUGGAAGGAUCAUUGAGCCAUCUCGGAGCUGCCUUACUCACUUCAUGAUCGAGGUAUUGAUGUGUACCGAGCAAUGGCUAAAACAAGACAUUCGAUGUGAUUCAAGAGUGCUUACCAAUGCACAAAUCCUUGAGGAUAUUGAAGAGCAAGAGACGAUCG